AUGGCAGCCGUGGAAGCCACCCUGCCCCUGCCACCCUAUGAUGCCGAAAUCACGAAACUCGAAGAUACGCAACAUCGACCACUGCCUACCAGUUUCGAAGAGCUUCUUGCUCUGCGCGCCGAGGAGCCACACAAAGAUGAGACAAUAUUGAGUGAUCCCGAUCUGAUCAUCGAGGAUCUUGAGAUUCUCGCCCCGGAUAGAGUGAUAAACGCUAUAUCCAUGUCCAGCUGCCAUGACUCUGAUUCUACCAGUCUGCGUCCAGGUAUUCUGUUCUGUCACGGGGGCGGACGUGUGAUGGGCAAUGUUUACGUUGGUCUCAAGAGUCUGGUUGAAACCGUCAAGGCAGUCAACGCUCUGGUAAUCAGUAUUGACUACCGAUUAUCGCCAGAGUAUGCUGGAAUCUGCGCCGUCGACGACUGCUACAACUCGCUACUCUGGGUAUCUCGGAAUUUUGAGCGAUUCAACAUCGACCCCGACCGGUUCAUGAUUGCAGGCGUAUCAGCCGGCGCAGGCCUGGCAGCAGGCACGGUUCUUCUCUCGAGAGACCGCUGCGGUCCCAAGCUAUGUGCACAAUUACUCAUGUGUCCCAUGCUGGACGAUAGAUGCAACACUGCGUCUUGUUUGCAGUUCGAGAAUGGAUAUGGAUUUUACACAGCUUGGGACCGUUACGCGUGGUCCUGUAUACUUGGUGCCCAGGCCGGUGCUGCCGACGUGAGCUUAUACGUAGCGCCGGCUCGUGCCUCGGAUCUUUCAAAUUUGCCUUUGGCUUAUAUUGAUGUUGGCUCUGGAGAACCAUUUCGUGAUGAAUGUAUCGCGUACGCUACCAGGCUUUGGGCGUGUGGGGUUCAGGCCCAUUUGCAUGUUUGGGGAGGAGGUCCGCAUGGUUUCGAUUUAUUCUAUGAAGCCGAUCUUGCAUUCCAGGCCAGAGCAACGAGGAAUAGGUGGUUGAGGAAUUUCUUGCACAAAUAA